AUGCUGGCCCCAGCGCCGCCGCGCCGCAGGGAAGCUCCGCAGCAGCAGGGGAGUCCAGCCCACGGCGUGCCUGAGGCCUUGGCGCCUGACUGGGCGGAGAAGGACCUGCCCCUGCCAGGCGGGGGCUCCCUCCGCGCCUACGUCUGGGCGCUGCCCGAGCGGGCCGGCGCCCCGGACGCCGCCGCCGCCCCGGGAGAGGAGCCGCCCGUGCUGCUCUGCCUGCACGGCGCCGGCGACUCGGGGCUCGCGUGGGCGCGCCUGGCGCGGGCCCUGGCGAGCCGAGGGGCAGAACCCAGGCCCGGCGGGCGGCGAUCAGCUCGGGGGGGCUGGCCAAGGAGGCGCCCUCGGCGGUUCGGGAGGUGCGGGCGCUAG